GUCUACUUUCCACUGGCAUCAUUUGCGCCUUACGGGAGAGAAGGCUGGUGAAGUGCCACCAACGGCUGCAUAUGAAUUUUUAACAUUUUAUGCCGGAGAGAUAAAACCUUUUGAUUUUCAUCCGAACGGGGUGCGGCUUUGCCUAAAGUUUGCCUUUGUCAAGUUACCAUAUUCCCGUUCCUCUUCAAAACACGACUGUUUCCCGUCUACCCGUCUUAAAGCUACUCUGGUUGAACCAACCCUAAAAGAGACUCAUCUUCUGAGGAGAACCGACUGACUGCGCCGAAAUGGGGUAUGGACGGUCGGACAGCUACCGCGUGGCCACCACGCAGGACAAGGACGAGAAGGAGUCGCCCAAGAAGAAGGGAGGCAAGGAUCUGGAUGACCUCAAGAAGGAAGUUCCCAUCACGGAACACAAAAUGUCUGUUGAGGAGGUUUGCCGGAAAUACACCACUGAUAUCGUCCAGGGUUUGACCAAUGCCAAGGCAGCAGAGUACCUGACCAGGGAUGGCCUCAACGCCCUGACUCCGCCCCCCACCACCCCAGAGUGGGUCAAGUUCUGUCGCCAGCUGUUCGGUGGCUUCUCCAUCCUGCUGUGGAUCGGCGCCAUCCUCUGCUUCCUGGCCUACGCCAUCCAGGCUGCCACGGAGGACGAGCCCGCCGGGGAUAACUUGUAUCUGGGUAUCGUGUUGUCAGCCGUGGUCAUCAUCACCGGCUGCUUCUCCUACUUCCAGGAAGCUAAGAGCUCCAAGAUCAUGGAGUCCUUUAAGAACAUGGUCCCUCAGCAAGCCCUGGUGAUCCGUGAGGGAGAGAAGAUGCAGAUCAAUGCUGAGCAAGUGGUGGCUGGAGACCUGGUGGAGGUGAAAGGAGGAGACAGGAUCCCCGCUGACCUCCGCAUCAUCUCCUCCCACGGCUGCAAGGUGGACAACUCAUCCCUGACCGGUGAAUCAGAGCCCCAGACCAGGUCACCUGACUGUACCCAUGACAACCCACUGGAAACCCGCAACAUUGCCUUCUUCUCCACCAACUGUGUCGAGGGAACGGCGCGUGGCAUUGUUGUGUGCACUGGCGAUCGCACAGUGAUGGGCCGCAUCGCCACUCUCACCUCAAACCUGGAGACUGGCAAGACUCCCAUUGCCAAGGAGAUCGAGCACUUCAUCCAGAUCAUCACCGGCGUGGCCGUGUUCCUCGGCGUGUCCUUCUUCGUGCUGUCAAUCGUCCUGGGUUACUCCUGGCUGGAGGCCGUCAUCUUCCUCAUUGGCAUCAUUGUUGCUAAUGUGCCAGAGGGACUGCUGGCCACCGUCACUGUUUGUCUGACGCUGACAGCUAAGCGAAUGGCUCGCAAGAACUGCCUGGUGAAGAACUUGGAGGCCGUGGAAACCCUGGGCUCCACCUCCACCAUCUGCUCCGACAAGACCGGCACUCUGACCCAGAACCGGAUGACCGUGGCCCACAUGUGGUUCGACAACCAGAUCCACGAGGCCGACACCACCGAGGACCAGUCCGGCUGCUCCUUCGACAAAAGCUCCUCAACAUGGGUGUCUUUGGCCCGCAUCGCUGCUCUGUGCAACCGCGCCGUGUUCAAGGCCGGCCAGGAUGCUUUGCCCAUCCUUAAGCGCGAGGUGGCCGGCGACGCCUCCGAGUCCGCCCUGCUGAAGUGUAUCGAGCUGUCCUGUGGCGCCGUCAAAGCCAUGAGAGAGAAGAACAAGAAGGUGGCCGAGAUCCCCUUCAACUCCACCAACAAGUACCAGCUCUCAAUUCAUGAAAAUGAUGAUGAAAACGACAACCGCUACCUGUUGGUGAUGAAGGGAGCCCCAGAGAGGAUCCUCGACCGCAGCUCCACCAUCAUGGUGCAGGGCAAGGAGCAGCCCAUGGACGAUGAGCUGAAGGAGGCCUUCCAGAACGCCUAUCUGGAACUGGGAGGACUGGGAGAGAGAGUACUGGGUUUCUGCCACGUGUUCCUGCCAGAGGACAAGUACCCCAAAGGUUUUGCCUUCGAUACAGAUGAUGUCAACUUUGAGACAGACAACCUUUGCUUUGUAGGCCUCAUGUCCAUGAUCGACCCUCCCCGUGCUGCCGUGCCCGACGCCGUGGGCAAGUGCCGCUCCGCUGGCAUCAAGGUCAUUAUGGUGACUGGUGACCACCCAAUCACAGCCAAGGCCAUUGCUAAAGGUGUGGGUAUCAUCUCCGAGGGCAACGAGACAGUGGAAGACAUUGCUGCACGCCUCAACAUCCCCGUCAGCCAGGUCAACCCAAGGGACGCCAAGGCCUGCGUGAUCCACGGCACAGAUCUGAAAGACGUCGAUCAGGAUCAGAUGGACGACAUUUUGAAGAACCACACGGAGAUCGUCUUUGCCAGAACCUCCCCGCAACAGAAGCUCAUCAUCGUAGAAGGCUGCCAGAGACAGGGUGCCAUCGUGGCCGUGACAGGCGACGGUGUGAACGACUCACCAGCCCUGAAGAAAGCUGACAUCGGCGUCGCCAUGGGAAUCUCUGGCUCAGACGUGUCCAAACAGGCAGCCGACAUGAUCCUGCUGGACGACAACUUUGCCUCCAUCGUCACCGGAGUAGAAGAAGGCCGUCUGAUCUUUGACAACCUGAAGAAGUCCAUCGCGUACACUCUGACCAGUAACAUCCCAGAGAUCACCCCCUUCCUGUUCUUCAUCCUGGUCAACAUCCCGCUGCCUCUGGGCACCAUCACCAUCCUCUGUAUCGACCUGGGAACCGACAUGGUACCAGCCAUCUCUCUCGCCUAUGAAGCAGCAGAGAGUGACAUCAUGAAGCGGCAGCCCAGGAACCCACUGAGGGACAAACUGGUCAACGAGAGGCUCAUCAGUAUCGCCUAUGGACAGAUCGGUAUGAUCCAAGCUCUCGGCGGGUUCUUCGCCUACUUCGUCAUCAUGGCCGAAAAUGGCUUCCUGCCGGCCGUGCUUGUCGGCAUCCGGCUCAACUGGGACGAUCGCUCCUGCAACGACCUGGAGGACAGCUACGGGCAGCAAUGGACCUACGAGCAACGGAAGAUUGUGGAGUUUACUUGCCACACGGCAUUCUUCGUCAGCAUUGUGGUGGUACAGUGGGCAGAUGUCAUCAUCUGCAAGACCAGGCGUAACUCUGUGUUCCAGCAGGGCAUGAAGAAUAAGAUUUUGAUCUUUGGCCUGUUUGAGGAAACGGCUCUGGCUGCUUUCCUGUCCUACUGCCCCGGCAUGGACGUGGCACUACGGAUGUACCCGCUCAAGCCCAGCUGGUGGUUCUGUGCGUUCCCGUACAGUUUCCUCAUAUUUGUUUACGAUGAGAUCCGAAAACUCAUCCUUCGCCGAAACCCUGGAGGCUGGGUGGAAAAAGAGACGUACUAUUAAAUUAUCAAAGCAUCAUUUCCUUCUCACCCCUGUUCUCCCCUGAACUCACCCCUUUUAAUCUAUCCCCCUCCCCUCCACCCAUCCAUCCUCUCCCGUCAACAUGCUCAAACUGUACAAGAAGAUAACGUCCUACCCAUCCUGCUCUCAUCCUCAUCCCCCACAAAGAGACAACACAAAAUAACAAAUCACACGCCAAGACGCUGCGAGGACCAACGACAGGGGAGAGGAUGCGGGAGGUGGGAGGCGGGUUUGUAAAUCUUCCCUGUCCUCUCUCCCUCUUUUUAUGUUUUUCUAUCCAAAGUCUGUACAGCACCAGUCUGCCAGUAACACUGGCGUGCCGACGCUUAUUACUGCACCGUCAGCUGCAGCUCUUCACACGUGUACUCAAACCACAGCGCUGUGUGUGGACCUGAAUACAGAAUACAGACAGAAACCCGACUGUUCCACUGCCAUCUCUCUUGCCAAGCAGAACAACAACGUGGCAGCUCCCGUCCAGACUCCCGACUGCCAAUUCUAGUCUUCUCUUUGUUUACCUAUUUGUCUUUUUCCUGCCAGAGCCUGCCACCCAGAUCCAGCUCCUUACUCACUGCCAUUUCCUCCGUCCUCUUCUCUCUUUCUACUCCUAAGUACUCACUGCCAAUCUUCUACUGCCGUCCCGCCUCCUCCUCCUCCUCCCCCAUCAAUAUAGAAUCAAUCUCACCAUAAAACUUCAGCACUCACUCACGCCCUCAACAGGGCGGAAAAAAGGUCACUUCCUUGAUCUCCCUCCCUCCCUCCCUCCCUCCCUCCCCAUGUGUUCUUUUCUGCCUAUGUUGUUGUCGUGUUCUAAUAGACGACUGGGUGUUUUUGAAAACAGAAAAAUUGUUUGUGAAAGUGUUUUUUUAAGUUGGGAGUGGGUCUGAGAGCUCCUUGUUUUCAUUCAGACAUGACAAAGCACACUGUCUCCCCCUCUUUUACCUUCCCCGCCCCCCGCCUGUUUAUCUGUCCGUUUGUCUGUCUGUUUGUGAACAGCGUGCAAACCCUCCGUCCUUGUAAACUUCCACCAACUUUCACCACCCUCUCCCCCCUCCCAACCUCACCCCUGUUAAAAAAGAAUAAAAAUACAAACUUUCUGUGUCCUCGGAAAAAGAGAUUUCUCUCCGAUUUCAUUAUUUAAAUCAGUUGAAAUGUGGAAUAAGGCACGGUACCUUAACUUGCAAACCAACAGCCAGAAAAGAAAAUGAAAUACAAAAGAAAGAUCUCUCUUUUUCAGCUUGGUCUCCAGUUUGUUUUUGUGUGGAGUUUUGUCAGAAAAUGGAAAUAAAUGCUGUGUGACCAACUCUUA